AUGGAGGGUAGUUCUAAUGGAAGUUGUUCUUAUGUGAUGGGUGCUUUUGGAGAAAACAGUGGUGGGCUAUGUCCUCCAAUGAUGAUGAUGCCUUUAGUCACUUCUUCUCAUCAUCAUCCAAUAAAUUCCAACAAUAAUAAUGCAAACAACACAAGCUGUCUCUUCCUUCCUAUCCCUAAUUCCACUAAUAAUAAUAAUCACUACACCAACAGCAACAACAACUCUAAUAACACCAUGCUUCAAAAUAAUCAAAACACUCCUGGAUUAGGCUACUAUUUCAUGGACAACAACAAUAACAACAAUGGAGCCUCCUCAUCUUCUUCUUCUUCUGCUGUUAAAGCCAAGAUCAUGGCUCAUCCUCACUAUCACCGUCUCUUGGAAGCCUACAUCAAUUGCCAAAAGGUUGGAGCACCAAGUGAAGUGGUGGCAAGGUUAGAAGAAGCUUGUGCAUCUGCAGUGAGAAUGGGUGGUGAUGCAGUUGGAUCAGGUUGCAUAGGUGAAGAUCCAGCUCUGGAUCAGUUCAUGGAAGCUUACUGUGAGAUGCUUAUCAAAUAUGAACAAGAACUCUCUAAACCCUUGAAAGAAGCCAUGCUUUUUCUACAAAGGAUUGAAGUCCAGUUCAAAAAUCUCACUGUUUCUUCUUCAGACAAUAUUGCUUGUAAUGAAGGUGGAGAUAGGAAUGGAUCAUCUGAAGAAGACCAAGUUGAUCUAUACAACAACAUGAUAGAUCCUCAGGCAGAAGACAGGGAAUUAAAGGGUCAGCUUUUGAGAAAGUACAGUGGAUAUUUGGGGAGUCUGAAGCAGGAAUUCAUGAAGAAAAGAAAAAAAGGAAAACUUCCAAAAGAAGCAAGGCAACAAUUACUUGAAUGGUGGAGCAGACAUUACAAAUGGCCUUACCCAUCUGAGUCACAGAAGCUGGCAUUAGCAGAGUCAACAGGUCUUGAUCAGAAGCAAAUAAACAACUGGUUUAUUAAUCAAAGGAAACGCCACUGGAAGCCUUCAGAGGAUAUGCAGUUUGUGGUCAUGGAUCCAACCCAUCCACAUUAUUAUAUGGAUAAUGUUCUCACCAAUUCAUUUCCCAUGGAUUUAUCUAACACCAUGCUCUAA